GUUAGCACGGAAGCGUUGACUGGGCGACACGACACGGCGAAGCGCGGACUGCGAAGCGAGCCUGGUGUUGUGUCCCGCUCCUCUCUGAGCGGACUGUAAGGCUGAACAGGACGGCAAGCGGCAAGCCCAGCUCAGACAGACACUGGCACUGUACGUCCCAGCCAGGGAGGGUCACCUUGCACGCCCAGUGCACGCUACACGCCUUGUCGAAGGUCGCUUCGUUCCCUCACUGCGCCUGCGCGGCUAGCAGACGACGCGGGCCGCGGGCCGCUUCCGAGAGUCGCUUUCGUUGCUGUGUCUCUCUCGCACUUGCACGGCUCGCUUCACCAGUGUGAGAGAGACAGAGCGACGAACACGACUCUCGGAGGCAGUCCGCUGGGUGGUCCUUCCCUGCGCUGCCGCCAGGCGGCGCCUCCGUCUUUGUUUACGUCCUGCCUCCGCUCAGCUGAGCGCUACGUCGUCUGCUGGGGCCUUCCCGGUUCAUUUCGUCCGAGUUCGGUGCGUUUUGAACUGUUGGAUUCGUACGGUACUGAUUGACUAUUCGACAUACCAGCUGGGAAAACUGAAGGACUUUCCGUGCGGAGCAUCGACUCGAAUCCCGUUACAGUGCUGUCCUUAAGGUGCCCAAAAUGACUAGGAUUUUGAAGCUCAUAACUUUUGACGUGACUGAAACCUUAAUGAUGUUUCAACCUCCUGUGGCGGUAAAAUACGCAGAAAGUGCCAAGCAAUUUGGAAUCAAUGUAGAUGUUGCGGAUGUUCUGAAAAAUUUGAAAGGUCAAAUGAAAUUACUUACCAAACAGCAUCCAAACUUUGGCAGGGACACUAUAGGAUGGAAUGUGUGGUGGACACAAAUCGUUGUUAACUCAUUCAAGUUGGCGCAACCGUCUUCUGAUGAGAAAGCAUUGCACCAACUAGCAAAAUUUCUUAUUGAUGAGUAUACGACAACUAGGUGUUGGGCCCUAGCAGAUGGAGCGAUGGAUCUUCUCAACUACCUCAAACAAAAAAAUAUACCUCUUGGUGUCAUAUCAAACUAUGAUGAUAGACUAGAACCUACUCUCAAAUCCUUAAAAAUUCAAUCAUUUUUCAAUUUUAUUCUUACAUCCUACUCAGCAGGUGUCAUGAAACCUGACAGGAAAAUAUUUGACUUGGCAAGGGCUCAGAUUCCAGGAGACAUACUGCCUGAAAGUUGUUUGCACAUAGGAAAUUCCCUUGAAUUUGAUUAUUUGGGAGCUAAGGGGGCUGGCUGGAACUCAGCUUAUGUGGGACCUUCUACUGAUGAAGUUCUAAAAAUUGUAAGUAGUGGUGAGGUAUUUAAAAACUUGGAAGAGCUGAAGAAACAGCUUAAAAUUGUUUGAAGCGCCUUAUCAAUAUUUUUUCAACCAACAUGAAAAGCUAGAUAAUAAAUGUGUAGUAUA